AUGCUGAAGGUAUUUCCAAUUCUGGCCAUCCUUACUGGUCACGUCAGCGGUGUUGUGGUGACCGUCCCUCAGAAGAUAGUGAACGUCACUACAGGUGGCAAUGCAACUCUCCUCUGUACAUACACGAGUUCUGGAUCGCUGGGAAACUUCUUUAUCCAGUGGAGCUUUUACAGUGCCAAAGAGACCCAACUGCACACCCGUUCCCCGUGUCAUGGUAUUCUGAGUAUGGAUGAAAAGUCAGUCAGUCAUUGUCAAAAGAUGGUGCAUGUGACAGAUGCACGGGGAAGAUGUAGCUGGAGAUACAAGAUCUAUUAUUAUUCAGAAGGCCAGUCUUACUCCUACGGAGAGUUUAAGAACAGGAUAACACCUGCAACAGGUCCAGGGAAUGCAUCAAUAACAAUCUCCAACAUGCAGCCCUCAGACACUGGUUCCUACACCUGUGAAGUUUUCAGCCCACAGGGUGAUGCUGGACAGAGUCAAAAAUCCGUGAUUGUCAAUGUGCUGGUCAAACCAUCAACACCUUUCUGCAAAAUAGAAGGAACCCCUGAAAAAGGGCAUCUAGUCUACCUCUUAUGCAGAUGUGAGGAAGGACUGCCUCACCCUACCUACCGCUGGUACAGAGUAGCUGACAAUACCCUCAAGCCUGUGACUGAACAACUCAAUCCAAACACUGGCAUUCUUUACAUUGGCAAUCUCACCACCUUUGAAACUGGGUAUUACCGGUGCGUAGCCAGUAACAUCCUGGGGAACAGUACCUGUGAGCUUGACCUAACUACGAACUAUUCAGACGGUGGCAUUGUUGCUGGGGCAUUAAUUGGAGCAGUUCUUGCAGCUGCUAUCAUUUGCAUUAUCGUUUGGGUCUUAAGCAAGAAGGCAAAAAAGACUAAGAAGAGGUCAAGUAACGAGAUGCAAGAAAUGGCUCAGAAACAAUCCAAUGCAGAGUAUGUUCAGGUACCUAAUGAAGAAAACAUUCCUGCAACCACAGUUCCAACAAGCAAUGCAACAAAUGAAUACCCUAGUGUUGAUGAAACAGUCUCUGGAACACCUCAGAAUGAUGAGAAGCAAGAAGCAGGAAAAGAAGAAACAGCCUAG